GUUCUCGCAACAUUUCUAAUACAGCGAUUUCAGAUAUUUGAGCUUGAUCAAAGCAGUGAAAGCUCAAAAUACAGUAAAAACAACAAAAAAAGGUGAACACCCUACAACUGCAAUAGUGACAUUGAGUCCACAAAUUAGUGGCUACAUACCUGACUCUCCUGGGUAACAUGUGAAGCAAGACAUGGAUGCUAUAUUUUCUUCUACAGCUAGUCACACCACAUAUAGAAAUGGAGUAAUGUAUAAUUUUUCUACAGUUUCAGAAUUGCUUACUACAGGAGCAUCUAACAAAUCAGAGUGUUUAAAGGAUGAACGAUCACUUGGUGUUGCUCUAGCUGUUUUAUAUGGAAUAAUUUUUGUUAUUGGUCUGCUGGGCAACAUAUUAGCCUUAUAUGUUUUUCUAUGUGUCCACAACAAGAGGAAUUCGGUGCAAGUUUACCUCCUUAAUACAGCUAUUGCAGAUCUGUUACUGAUUUUUUGUCUUCCCUUUCGGAUCGCAUAUUAUCUUACACAACAGUGGGACAUGGGCAUAGUUUUCUGUAAAGUGAUUGGAAAUUUAUUUUACCUGAAUAUGUACAUGAGCAUCAUUCUUUUGGGUCUAAUAAGCAUAGACCGUUAUAUGAAAAUGAAAAAGUCUCUACGACGGCACAGAGUGUCCAAGAGAAAACGUAGCAUUCAAAUUUGCUGUAUUUUGUGGGUGGCAGGAGCCAUAGCAGUGGUGGUUCUCAUAACUGCUCAGUCAAUGAGAGCACAAUCAAACCCAAAAGAGUGUUUUUACUACACUGACAAAAAAGAUGCAGUGUGGCAAGCAGUUUUCAAUUACUUCAUUGUGCUUGUCUUUUGGAUUGUUUUUCUAUCUCUAAUCUUGUCCUAUAUGAAAAUUGCAAAAAACCUUCUGAGAAUAUCCAAGGAAAGAUCUCAUUUGCCAAGUGCUGGGAAAUACAAUGGAACUGCAUGGAAAUCCUUUUUUGUGCUCUUCAUCUUUACUAUAUGUUUUGUCCCAUACCAUACCUUCAGGAUUUUUUAUAUUACAUCUCAACUGAAGAAUACUUCAUGUUACUGGACAGAUAUUAUUCACAAAACCAAUGAGAUAAUGCUGGUAUUUUCUGCUUUGAACAGCUGCCUAGACCCAGUAAUGUACUUUCUACUAUCUAGCAGCAUCCGCAAAACCACAUUUCAGCUGCUCUGCAGAGUCAGUCGGGACUCCAUGAGGAGCGAGAGCAAUACUUCAGACCUUCAUCAUGGACAUACGUUGAAUGAAAACGCUUGCGCAUCCACUCAUAGUCUUCAUUCACGUAGUAUCAUUAGUCCGAAGCUUGUCAAAAAAUAAGUUUUGUUUAGGUAGACUACAACAGACCUGUGUCAUAAAUCAAAUGAAACAUCUGAACAACAGGUCCACUUGCUAAUGUAAUAUUGAUUACUGGAACCAUAACAAAAUAGAUUUCAAUAGUGCAAUGUAGGAUAUUGAGAUUAUUCAGAAUUGUACCAAAACCUGGCAUGGACCAUCACUCUACUUAUACUAAUUAUAUGUUUAUAGAUUAUAGUCUAAUUAACCUAAUCUUGCGAUGAAGACCAAAAUUGAGCCACAAAUAGAGCCGCAGAGUUUUCUAAUCUAGCUUCUUUGCAGUGAGCCUGAAAAAAAGAAGUUUGAAAUCUGGUAUUGAGGAAUGACCUGCAACUUUAGCAAUAUCUGCACUAAACAUAUCAGAAUUAAAUAGCAAAUUGUAAUCAAGGAUUGUAAAUAUAACUGUAUAUAAGUUCAAAAUACCAAUAUAUACAUAUACACAAGUAAAGAAAGUGAAAAUCUACCCGUUUUCUCUAACUGUGGGGUAGAUAAUGUGCUCUAACUCCUGGGUGGGGACUCAAAAUGUGUUACCCAUGCAAUGCUAAUGUUUCCCAAAUAGUUGGGACAAGCAAAUCCUGUUCAUCAAGCCUCAAGUGAAUUAUUUGCUGUGGAAACACUGUCUUUCCCAGGGCAACAGCGGAAACUUUGACACUGGGAAG